AUGAGCAGCGAAAGUUCAUUAUCCUCCCCGAUCUCUUUUAUCUCUGAGGACUUCUGGGAAGCUGGCUCGGUUGCCCAUGGCCGCCAUGAGACACGACGCCAAGGGGAAUCUCCUCCACCGCCAUGCUCGUCGAGGGUCCAAGAGACGGUGUUAAAGAUUCCAACAACCAGGAGUACGAGCCAAAAACAACGGAAGGGGCAUAAGAAACAGGCCGUGACUGCUAGCCAGAAGUCCGUUGCAGAACAGAAAAUAAAACGCGCUGAACCGCCAUCCUCGGCCCAACCCACCAUCGAGGUUUCCAUUCCUCCCGAGACCACUAAAUUGUCAAACCCCGUGGGUGCCAAGUUCACGAACACAAAACGCGCUGAACAAUAUCGUACUUCGGCAAAAAAGCGUAAGCACCGGUCUCCCGCUGGCCAGUUCACGGGGAGCCCUAGUGAAAAUGAUCCAGGGCGUGGACCAACCUGUUUGCUCAAGGGACAGCACCAACUCCUGAAACGGCAGAAUGAUCUCCUAGUUUUGGAGAAUAGUCGCAUAACCAAGGAGCUAGCAAAGACCCUGAAAGACCUGCGGCACGCGAACAAGAAACUCAACCAGACCCGAAAUCAGUACGAAGAAAUGCUGCGAGCAGGAAUCCUCCCCCCAUCGGAGAAUACCGAGGAGAGAAUAAAUGGAAUUUCAUCUUUCUUCAGUGCCGAGUUGGAGAAGAGGGACAAGGAGGUGAACCACAAGACCGCGCAAAUCAGGGAAUUGGAGAUGCAGCUCGACUCCUCACGACAAUUGAAGCAUGUGCUUCGAGAUCGAACGGAUGGAACCCACCAGUCCAUCCCGAACUUCUGGGAUGAGAUGAAGGUGCUCCAGCAGAAUGUAUCGAACGCGGCAUCCUAUCUCUCCCGCGCCGUGUGCAAGGACAAGCUCCGGCGAUUGGUGAGCUCAGACGCAGACAGCACGGGCCUGAAGGCACUAAUCAAGGAGAGUCUCGCGGACGAUGUACACUUGCUCACUUCCUCUCCCAGGGAGGCACUGCGCGCGACCAUCUUCACUUUCGUGCGGUCGCGCGUCUUCUAUUCCAACUGCUGGGCGGCACUGCACUGCGAGGGCUACAUGCUGAGGGGCUAUCAACAGGUGAUCGAGAAUAGCACCCCCAACGGAACCCUUGAAGUAAUUCACCAGUGCGCCGUUCAGCAUAUGACGGAGAAGGACCAUGUAUACCGAAAGUCGUGGGUCCCCGCUCACGUGCAAGAAGUGCAAGAUGCAUUUAUGAAGAUCUUUGCCCCUGUGCUGGAUCCGACCGAGCCGGAGGGCGUGGAACUGAAUCUUGCAGGGUCCCUCGAGCAGCUACUGACGGACGCGUUCCUCUUUCGUGCGAAAUGCUUCCCUGUCCGGGGGACGCGUUAUGAGCUCGCACAUUUCAAGCCGGGGGAUGUGUUCGAUCCGGACAUCAUGAAAGUGGCGGAGACGGGCGGGCAGUUGGUGCCUAAAUGCCGGGACGAGGGUUUAUAUCGGGUCAGAGUUUGUACACAUGGUGCUAUGAUGCUUCAUCGGGUGGAUGAGACAUCCUUCGGCGUGGAUGCCGUUGAGUCUCUUGGCCAGGCAUUCGCCGAGGGCGGCAUUGCCUCCGCUGCAGAAGGUAGACUGAUCAGUGCCAAAGCGUCAGUUAUUCUGCAAGCCAUCUCAGACAUAGCACAGUGA